CAUUCGAUCCAGCUCGGUUCCAGGGAUUUCGCCCAGCACUGCGUCAAAACCUCGAGGCGGCCCAGCUACGCGGUGCAUGAUGCUGAUGCACCUGACUCAACGGCGAAGCUCCAACCAAAGCGUCUGCAAGAUGGAACGAUGGAGGGGCCGCCUACGAGAGUCCGCUGCGUACAUGGUCGGCAGCUAUCCCAGCGAGUGCCCGGCGGUCCACCAGCUCUACUCCAACCUUCGCUGCUUCCGGAGCAUCGUGGGCCAUCAUCGUCUGGACCUCUACAAGUCAUGCACGGCCAGUGCAGCCGACGGCUGCUUCCACCUUGCGCAGCUGUCCCUAUGGAACAACUUCCUGUGGGUCAUCAACAUCGAGCUAUGCCAAGGUCGGCUGGCCCUGGCUUGCCUGCGCGGACGCGGGGUUACGGUCGCGUCACACGUGCAGCGCGUGUGCUCGUUCCUGCAGCUCAUGGGACACUGCUGCCUCGACUGCGUGGAGCUGUGCAAGUCCCGCAGGUCGCAGGAGCAGUUCCUGUUACGGGACGUACUCAGCGUGAGCCGUAACGUGAGGCAAACCAGGCCCUGCUACCAUCUGCUGGACUACGCGACCAGGCACCUGAGGGACGCGCUCCGCUCCACAGUGACCACGCUCGCGUAA